AGCAUGUACUUCGUAAUAGGAACACCCGCACUCGCUGACAAGCUCAACCAAAUAGCACUGUGCCAUCCUACUACCCUUAUUCCUCCCAUCGAUGCAGUCUCCUUCCCUUGUCAUUCAUACCUAUGUCAAAAUCCACUAUAGCGACACCUCCGAGGACCUCAGCUCCGAGGACUACACAAUUGAAUGCAAGCUCAGCGGCAAGGAGUAUGCUCUCCGCAACACCAUCGAGAUGAUCGCUGGCGGAAGGGCUGUCUUGAAAAAGGGUCCCUGGAACGUCAUUCAAUGGGAAGGCUUCGUGUAUGGCCAUGUCCAGCGGCUAUGCGGGUUUCCUGUCGUUUGCGAACAGAUGUUGGACUAUGGAACGGAUUCCACUCUGGCGGGGCUGAUCUUGCGUCCUGUUGUCGUUUUCGAUGAGUUGGUUGUCGACCACGAGCCAGAGUUACCAGAGCCGCCGCGCUUUCCUUCCUCUGUGACGGCCGCUAUAGGCGCUAAACUCAUGAUAAGGAUGCGACACAUGCAUUUCGAAGGAAUCUUGCACACCGAUAUACAUCCCGGAAAUAUCGGAUUGCCGUCGUUUCGUGAACCGCCGGAGCUAGCAUCAGCACUUCAUGCGCGUCAGAUAGACGACCUUCGACCUACCUUCAUUGACUUCGGGCUGGCCCGCAUAAAUGGGUACCACCCCAUGGUCGAUUGCGAGUAUCACACGCCUGAGUGGACCUACAUAUCUGACAGGGUGGUUCGCGGUCAGAGUACGUAUACGAAGGCCGAUGACUUGGAGUCGUUGGCAUACUCCCUCUUUGCCUUCCGACUCAUGAGUCAUCCGCCGUGGCACGCGGAGGCCACUGGCAACGACUUUGACGGUGUUGAAGACAGAUCAAGUGACUUCCUAGCCACUAGGCAUAGAAGAUCUUCGUGCACGACAAGCGGUUGAGCCAUUCCUGCUCGACCUCAUCGACUACGCGAGGAGCCUGCAGCCCGAUGACCGUAUCAACUACUGGGAGUGGGUGUCCUUACUGGAAAAUACCACAUCUGUCUGAUUUGGAGAGGCCCUUUGGACGUUGUCGUUGCACUGUCAGCUUUCAUCUGUAUCUUUGUUCUCGGUGUGAACUGUCUGCCACCCCCUUUUAUAUGCCGGUGGGCUUUUAGCCGCGAACGGCGGAAAACUGAUUUCCGUCAAGCUUUGCGGUCAUUGGAUUGGCCUAGCAAUUGGAGCCUGGUACCUUACUUGGUGGAUGCCUUUCUAGUCCUAUGGAGAAAGGAUAACCCAACUACGUUGAUGACGACCUCGUUGUG